CUCGUCAACUGGUCUGGCCCACCACGUUAAUCAAUGGUGACUACUCCAAACAUGUCUUCAAAACCCAAACAAACCAUGUAUAAUACCCGCUCGUGCACUCGCGCUAGAGCCAGCUCAGUUUCUACCCCCGCCCACGAGAAAAAUGUAAAGGUGCAUGAUGACUUCGGAAAUCUCAUCGUUAACCUACUAUCAAGUGUUAAAACUCCGGCGGAGGGCCCGAGAUCACCUGGACAGUCCUACGAGACCGAAAACGAAAUCCAACCCACACUGAGACCCAUUCGUUCAUACAGCGACGUGGUCCGUGCGGAGAUUAGACUAGCUGCGAGUACUUUAGUCGAGAUACCAACAGCUGAAAAUAUACCAGCACUGGGCUCACCAGCCAACCCGAGGACAAUGAUGAUCGUUCUUGGUCGACCAUUGCAAGAAAAUGCAACCGAAAGACGAUCUUCAAUGACAGUGAACCAACGCAAGUAUAGCGUCAGGCAUGACCAUGGAAAUGACACAGAGCCCCCUGGGGAAGGACCAUCCAAGGGAAAAGGUCCAGACCCUUGGAACUGGGGAGAAAUGACCCUAGAAGAGGAAGAAUUAGAUAUGGAGGCCCAACACGCGGCUCUAGAAUCCUACAAACUGGCCAAACGGAUGGCCGGGACGAACCUGGCGAUCCCCGAGGGUGUCAAAGGGGCAACAACGAUCAAGCUGCCAGAGAGGAAGAGGCAGUAAAAGUCGCUGUAGCUAAAGCAGAG